AACAAUCAAUCUGUUUGAACUUUCUUGGAAAGACUUUUCCACGUCGCAUCUCCCCUACGACGUUUUCUUUGUAAAAUCGAAGUCUCGGACCUUAUCGGACUUUCCCCAACGAUGACAGCCCACAGAGCUUCGUCGCUCUUCUUGCUCAUCACUACCACUUCACUCCUCUUCCCAACCUCCUCAUUUUCAAUUCAACAAUCACAGGUUAUUACAAAUGCCUUGGACGCCAACAAACCUUCUCCGUCGGUGCAAGAAUCCGCCGCCAGAGGUGUUCUUCACAGACUGCUUCCCACCCACUCGUCCUCCUUCCACUUCAACAUCAUUACUAAGGAUGCUUGCGGUGGAAAAAGCUGCUUUCAAAUCAGCAAUUUCAGGAAUUCAAGCAGAGAUUCAGCUGAAAUAAUAAUAAAAGGAACUACAGCAGUCGACAUCACAUCAGGACUUCACUGGUAUUUAAAAUACUGGUGUGGAGCUCAUGUUUCGUGGGACAAGACAGGGGGAGCACAGCUUGUUUCGAUUCCGAAGCCUGGCUCACUUCCUCGUGUGAAAAAGGGCGGUGUGACCAUUCAGCGUCCAGUUCCAUGGAACUAUUACCAGAAUGUUGUCACAUCUAGCUAUUCCUAUGUAUGGUGGGAUUGGAAGAGAUGGGAAAAAGAGAUCGAUUGGAUGGCAGUUCAAGGAGUCAACUUGCCUCUGGCAUUUACCGGGCAAGAAACCAUAUGGCAGAAAGUUUUUGCAGAGUUUAACAUUACUAAUAAGGAUUUGACUAACUUCUUUGGUGGACCUGCGUUUCUUGCUUGGGCACGCAUGGGCAACUUACACGGGUGGGGUGGGCCGUUGACUCAGAACUGGCUGAAUAAACAGCUGGUGUUGCAGAAACAAAUUUUAUCUAGAAUGAUAGAGCUUGGCAUGACACCAGUUCUUCCUUCGUUUUCUGGGAACGUUCCUGCUGCAUUAAAAGCAAUUUUUCCUACGGCAAACAUAAGCAGGCUUGGAGACUGGAACACUGUCGAUGGUAAUCCAAAAUGGUGCUGCACAUAUCUUCUUGAUCCUUCGGAUCCUUUAUUUGUCGAAAUUGGUGAAGCUUUCAUUAAACAUCAGAUCAAAGAAUAUGGAGAUGUCACAGACAUUUACAGCUGUGAUACAUUCAAUGAGAACACUCCACCAACGAGUGAUCCGACGUAUAUCUCCUCUCUUGGUUCUGCUGUGUAUAAAGCAAUGUCAAAAGGCGAUAAAGAUGCUAUUUGGUUAAUGCAAGGCUGGCUGUUCUACUCUGACUCAUCCUUUUGGAAGCCGCCACAGAUGAAGGCUCUUCUACAUUCUGUUCCUUUCGGGAAGAUGAUAGUGCUUGAUCUGUUCGCUGAAGUCCAUCCAAUUUGGAAAUCUUCGUCGCAGUUUUACAACACUCCUUAUAUAUGGUGUAUGCUGCAUAACUUCGGAGGAAAUAUUGAAAUGUACGGCUUGUUAGAUGCGGUCGCCUCGGGGCCUAUUGAUGCCCGCGUCAGCGACAAUUCGACAAUGAUUGGCGUGGGAAUGUGUAUGGAAGGGAUUGAACAAAACCCGGUAGUGUAUGAGCUGAUGUCCGAAAUGGCUUUCCGAAGUGAUCGAUUCCAUCUUGAGGAAUGGUUGAAAAGCUACUCUCGUAGGCGUUAUGGUAAAUCGAUUCUUCGGUUGGAAGAAGCUUGGAAAAUUCUGCAUGCCACCGUAUAUAACUGCACUGAUGGCAUCGCGGACCACAACACAGACUACAUAGUAAAGUUUCCCGAUUGGGAUCCAUCCGCCGAACAUGGCAACCCUGAAAUAACAAGCGAUCAAAAACUCGUGGAGCUACGACAAAAGAGACGAUUCCUUCUCCAUGAAACGAGUUCUUUACCUCGGCCUCAUUUGUGGUACAGCAACGGCGAUUCUAUCCAUGCGUUGAAGCUAUUCCUCGACGCCGGAUAUGAAGUUGCUGAAGUUCCUACAUACAGGUAUGAUUUGGUCGACUUGGCGAGACAAUCGCUCUCAAAGCUUGCAAACGAGGUAUAUUUGGAUGCUAUAUAUGCCUUCUGGGACAAGAAUGUGAGCGCUUUGAGUUUACAUUCUUCGAAGUUUCUUCGACUCAUCGAAGACAUUGAUGAACUUCUAGCCACCGACGAUAAUUUUCUACUCGGCCCCUGGCUCGAAGAUGCGAAAAAGCUCGGAAUGAAUGCAGAUGAGAAGAAGCAGUACGAGUGGAAUGCCCGAACCCAGGUGACCAUGUGGUACGACAACAAGAAGAGUGAGCAGAGCAAGCUUCACGACUACGCAAAUAAGUUCUGGAGUGGGCUGUUGGCGCGAUACUAUCUUCCCCGGGCAUCGAUGUAUUUUACACGGUUGCUGAAAAGCUUGCAAGGGAAUGAGGAGUUUAAGGUUGUCGAAUGGCGAAAAGAAUGGAUUGCAUUCUCAAACAAGUGGCAAUACGGCACUGAACUGUACCCGGUGAAGGCGAAAGGCGACGCCCUUGCAGUCGCCAAGAGACUUUAUCAAAAAUACUUCACGUAGAACGCUCGACGACUGCGACGGCGCGCAUUGUAAGCGAAACAAUGAUAUCUUUUACUGCUAAUUCUUCUGUA